AUGCGCGCGUCUAUAAGGGGCGGGUCUACGCUCUUCAAUAAAAUUGUGUCCUUAGAAGGAAACUUUGAACAACUUUUCGGUUUUUUUCAAUGUUUUUCUUCGACACAAAUCAACUUUUUCUGUGACGUGACGAUAGGCGCAAUGACAAAUUUACCUGACAUUUCUCAACACGUAUUCACCGAGUAAGUCAUCGUUGCAGUCCUCCGAGAACCAGCGGACGGAGAGCGAGCGAGGAGCGCGCGCCGCCGUGGCGGCUUGGCAGGUCCCGCGGAGGCGUCUCGCCGGGCGGCGCAUUCCAGGAGCUUCCCGGAGGAGUCGUCAGAGAAUAUGGAGAUGUUACGCCGCUCGUCCGUGUUCGCCGCCGAGGUGUUUGAUCGCUCGCCUACCGACAAGGAGCUGGUGUCCCAGGCCAAGGCGCUCUGCCGGGACUACAUCCAAUCGAGGCUGGGCCGCGUAGGCAUCGGUUGGUCCAAACCCGAGCAGCUCGCCUCUUCUUGGGGGACGCACGGUGACGUGUCGGCGGUUCUCCUAUGGUUGGGUGAUGAGCUGGAGUAUCUGCGUCCCAGCGUUUAUCGCAACGUGGCUCGGCAACUCAACAUCACAGUAGCCUCGGAGAGCGUGGUGACAGACGCCUUCCUUGCCGUGGCGUCCGACAUCUUCUCCUCAGGUGUGACAUGGGGAAAGAUUGUGUCUUUGUACGCGGUGGCUGGUUCCCUUGCCGUGGACUGCGUUCGCCACGGCCAUCCCGCCAUGGUUCAUACAAUUGUGGACUGCAUGGGGGAGUUUGUCCGCAAAAGUCUCUCCACGUGGUUGAAACGCAGAGGAGGUUGGGCCGACCUGACUAAAUGUGUGGUGAGCACAGAGGUUGGUUUGCGUUCCCACUGGUUGGUGUUAUCGUUGUGCACUUUUGGACACUACGUCAAGGCGAUGGUGCUCUACCUGCUUAGGGACAAGUGACCCAGGUUCAUGAUGCCCCUCCAAGCCCCGAAACAUACAAACACAAUUAACCAUAUAGUCAAAAAAAGUCCACGCGUGCACUUUCCAUGUGUCAUGUUGUUCAUUUCUAUGCCAGUUAAGGUGACCACCACCUUGAAAUAAACACAACCACUAGAAAUAAUGCUACAUGGCUGACUGUAAAUACAGAGUUUCCUCACUACUUUGUGGGUCGCUUGUUGCAGGUUCACGCUUGUCGCGGAAUUUCAGUUGUGACCGUGACCAUGUACCUCUAACUCUGUUUUGUUUUUUUUGUUUUUUUACAACAAACAAGGCCAUGAAAAUUAGCUUGUCGGGAAGGAGCUCUGUAGAUUGUUUGUAAUGGCUUAGUAGAGGCGUAAAUCUCCCCCCAAAUAAAAUGUUAAAAGUAAUUACAAGUAUAAAAAGUCAAACUUUACCUUGUGGAAAUUCACUUAUUGAAACAUGUCACCCAGGAAAAGUGAAGGAACACUAUAACGCCAUGGGUUGUGUUUACAAUCAUUUGCACUGAGUCACCCACUAACUGCACCUUAUUAACUGUUUUAUUGUUUCUUAAUUAUUAAAGCACAGGUGAUAGAAAGUGUGCAUUUUUGAACUUUUAUUUUUUUUUUAGCUUUUCACGAAACUGCUUAUUAUGCUCAAGAAUGAUAAAAAGGAUGUGGUAAUCCUUUUCUGUUCUCGUGUCAAUUUGAUCCAUAGAUGAGCACUUUUCACUUUCUCGUGGCUAUGUUUUUUUUCCAUACAUUCCGAAUGUUGGCCUACAAAUGUCGAUACUGUCAAAUAAGUCGUUAAUAAAUGAUUAUUUCAUGCCUGA